UUUCUUUUAAGAUAAAAGUUAUACUUUAAAAAUCAUCUUUAAAAUUUUAAGGUAGAACUGAUGGACAAUUUCUUGACACACAGACUCCUUGAAAUCAAGUUUAAGAUUAAUUUUCUCCGGGAGUUUUUCAAUUGUUUUUUUUUAUUCACAAGUAGUGACUGUUAUAUUAACACUGUCUCAUAUUAAGAUUUUAACAAAAUGUACAAAUUUAGCGUAGAUGAAUAACAUGUUGACUCGUCGUCCUUAGUUGGGAAUGUUCACGGACUUUUAUCAUUUAUUUAUUCAUUAUUCAAAACAAAGUUGCUUAUAAUAACUAAGUUUGUAACAAAGGGACAUUAAAAACAAUUAUUUUAUUUUAUUAUAAAAAAAAUAAUCUUAAUCGAUUGUAAUAGUUUCUCUUUUUCAAGAAAUCGACAGAAAUCUGUAAUCAAAGAUAUUUUCGUAAUUUAAUCGAUGUAUGUUAAAAGAAAGCGAUUAAUUUUCUUAAAAUAAUGAGAUAAGUCAUAUAACUAAAAAUAAAUCAGAAUCAUGACGCCGAUCUCUGGGUACGUAGUAAUCGACUAAUAUAGAAAACGGAUACAUCCUAUAUGUUGAUGAAAUCCUUAUACAUUUCUACAAUAACACUCACAGCACUUAUUAACAGGUUAUAAAAUGACAGCACGAAUCCUCUAAUUUUGACGUGUAUUCCAUAGAACCAUGAAUUACACCGCGGAGGAUUUAAAUCAAGAGAUUAAGGAAUACCUGUAUUACAACACUGGGAUUCUCUCCCUCUACCUGUUUCUCGGAAUAACGGGAAAUGUCAGUGUUUUAUUUAUUUACACGUGUAGAAUGAAAAAGACAGAGGAGCGCUAUUUUAUUCCGAUUCUCGCCAUUACGGACAUUUUAGCCUGUUUAGCCGGAGUCAUUCUCGGCAUCGUUUCGAAUUUUUACCGAGCGAACUAUGUUUUGGACACAUUCUGUAAAGUGGGAUACUUUUUCACCUGGGCAACGACUUCCGCUUCCGGUUUUAUGAUCAUGUUAAUUGCGCUCAAUCGCCAUCUUAGGAUAUGUCGCCCUACAAGUGCACAGCUAACUCCAGUCAGGAAAACACGAGCCGUGGUUGUCAUGAUAACAAUCUCCAUAGUGAUGUCCCUUCCAAUGAUGUAUUUUCUGGGUAGCAGAGACGUUCCUUAUACGUACAAGGGGGAUUCUAUCAAUGCUACUCUUUGCACUCUCAGGUUCACUGAUGGAACUUUGAACAUAUUACAAAACGCAUAUUUUUUUUUUCAAAUAGUCCUUGCCUUAAUGAACAUGAUUGUAACUUGUGGAUUGUAUAUUCCCGUUGGUGUUACAAUCUAUCGAAGAUUCAAAAUAUUUAACCAGAAUAUGAAGAAUAGAGGUGGAUCAAGUUUCUUCUCCUCAGGGUCUACGAAUCAUUCCAGCGUUAAUCCGGCUCAUAAGGUCCAUGGAAAGGUAUGUUGCAACGUUCCGCAGCACGAGAUUUCAGUGAUAUCGUACGCUUCGACAGGUGCGGGGGAGAACGAGAUGUGCCCGAAAUGUGCGACAAGUACGCAGCCGUCGGCAGCCGAACGAAAAGCCGCCUCUCUCAACCGCCGAAAAGUUUAUAGACGGAAAAAAGCUACGCAUAACUUUACGCUCAUGUUUGCAACGAUUAUAAUAGUGUAUAUCCUGGCCUACGUGCCCACAUUGAUUCUGUUUAUGUUACCCGGAAGUGAUCCAGCUAAUUUCUGGUUUUCAAGAAGUGGAGUGGAACUCAAUGUUUUAGUCUUUUUUCAGAGAGCUUUCGUCAUUAACAAUAUAGUUAAUCCAUUUAUUUACAGCUAUUUUGACUUAGCCUUUCGAAAUCAACUUUUUCAUUUUUUAAGUUGUGGGAGAAUAGAAGCUUAAAAUAUCAGUGUUUCGAUAUCUUUACGAGGAAAGCAAGUGCGAUAAUUUGUUAUGUUGUUCAUGUUUUGUUACUUGUUACUUACUUGGUUUAUAUUUCAGGCAUACGAAAUUAUUUCUGCUUGUUUCAAUUUCUAUUAACUUUGCAUAUGCACGGAUGUUUACUAGUAUAUGAGUCUUGUUAUUUUUAAUGUAUAAUAAUUUAUUAGCUGUCCAGAGACAGCGGAAUGUGUAAUGUACAUUAUACGUAUUUCUUGCUUUAAAAAUGUUGUAUAUUAAAUUGAAUUGCUGGUAGCUCUUGCAAUGCAUUUGUAACUCGUACAAAUGAAUUUCAUGUAUGCUUUCUUAUAAUACAUUGACCAUCCACGUUCGUUUAUCUAUUAAAUUCAAAUCGAUUUUUAAAAAUGAUUAAUUUAUUUAAGAUGUCUAGUAAUAAUCCCUUCCUUUUUCUAACUCCAGUAUUUACUAAUAAUGGAAUUAAAGGAUUAAGACACAUUCAAGUUAAAUAUACUCUAACUAAUUAUGGUGUAUGCUAUACUAUAAUGAACCUACUCAUGUUGAGGGUGGUCUACAAAACAAUCAUGAGAUCUUCUUAAAAAUUUAGAUAUGAUAAAUUCUAGUUAUUUUAACUUUCAAAUUUGAAAGUGUUCCUAUAUCUUUAUAUAGAGCUCUUCUUCUCACGGAGAUUAUUUUAGUAUACAACAGGCCACGGCCAUCGAGCCCUCUCAAGAUUCACCACAAGAGAUAAUGUAACAAGUUUAAUACAUAUUUCUU